GUUGACGUGACGUUGCUCACCGAGCGAACCUCGCCAUUUGAAAGCUUUGAACGAGUAUUUUGACGUCACGUGACCCACGUUGACGUGUCGUUGCCCACCGUGUGAAUGGAGCCUAACAAAUCACAAAAAAUAAUAGAGAACGAUUGACGAAGAACAAAUAACAAAGAGGUAGAUUAAGAACUGAUAUCAACCACGACAAAGAGGAUCUAACGAAAGCAUGACAAAAUGAAGUAUGGAAGAGGAGAGUAUGGCUCUGUAUCGAGAGGAAAUGAGAUAUGGUGUAAUGUAAUCAAGUGAGAUCGCUGACGUUAACUGUCAAAACUUUUGCUGCUGAGUAACAUUGACGGUGGCGUGAAUGCCACCAUUUGAAAUGCGUUGUGGAACGUUUGAACGUGCUGCGACGUUAAGGCUAGUGUGAGUUAUCCUUAAUUUACUCAUCCGAAAUUCCUGAUAGUUCUUCUUGUUUUUCCUGAAAAGCAAUAUGAAACACAUGAAUGAAUGGAAACCAAAGAAAUGCAAUAUGCAAUCAAACAUUCAGGGUGAAGACAGCUUUAAUUAUUAUUACUGCUCCACUAAGAAUGCUGUUUGGACAAGUGUCUGGCGAGAAAUAGAAUCGAACUGACGGACGGAUCGAGGUGGUGUUGGGUUGAUUACGCUACAUCGAAACGCGCAAUCUUUGCAGUAACAUCUUUGUUAUAGCGUUGUUAUGUUUUAGUUAAAUUCUUUGGCGUACAGUGUGGCCGAGAAGUAGAUGUACAGUAAUUAGUUUUUUGUCACCUGUAUGUUAUUUAUUAUUCUGGUACACUCCUCUUGUAAUUCUGAACUGGUUGAUCCGUAUUCAACAAAUGCUACCUCUGAAUUAACGAACAGCUUGCAGACAUAUUUUUUCAAAGUUCCGCGGAGAGUAACCACUCACUGUAAUGUUUACUUGAUAUAGUCUGCUGUCACAGACGGGAAUAGGAAAAUUUUUCCUGCCUGUACGAGAGAAGUACAGGAUUACCAAAUGUCUGCUAAAUGCCGUCAAAUGAUAUUGCGUACCUGGUACAGGAGAUCGCACCCUGUUACCUUCAAGGGUGUAUAGCAUACCUACUAUGGGCUCAUGCCUUUGUAAAGAUCAAGAUUCACGAACUGAAGAAAGAACACAGAAUGGCUCAGCAGUUCAGUCCGCUCCCGUACAUAUUCCAGCUGGAGAUUGCAGGGAAUGCCAUACAUCAGAAGAAAAUUGCGGAUUUUCACAAAGGUUUCGUUCAUCAGCGACAGUUGACAGACUUGUUUUGGAAACGCUCAGCGUCAUUGGCUCUAUGGUCGAGAAUGAGCAGGAGCCACCACCUGCCAUGUUGAGACUGCAUUCUAUAGCAGAUAGAGAGGAUGGCUGGAUUCAGGUGGUGAGCUCAAUGGUGCAUGUGAUUCCCAUGAAUGAUCCUCUUGGACCAGCUGUUAUCACAUUGUUAUUGGAUGACUGUCCUCUUCCAACAAAGGAGUCGGUGGUACGAUUGUCAAACAUGCUUUCACUGUCUGCAGCUGUUUCACAUCGAGGGCGAGUGUCUCCAACAGAACAGAGGAAUGUGUGUGUUGUAUUAGGCUGCCUGGCAGAAAAACUUGCUGGCCCAUCGAGUAUUGCAAUACUAACACCUGGCACUCUGGAUUACCUCAUUGCCAAUUUGAAUGAAAAUAUCAACCCAUCUGUAAUACUAUUUUCAUUAAUUGCACUGGAGAAGUUUGCACAAACAAGUGAAAACAAGGUGACUAUAAAGAAACGUCUGAAGGCAGAAGUUAAAAAUCCACUUACUUCUUUGGAAACUUGGGUAGGCUGUGAGCACUUUGUCAAGAGGCAAGUGGGCUUUUGUGCUCAGUGGUGUCUAGACAAUCUUUUUCUGAUAGAGGGACGUAAAUUCUCUUAUGAAUGUGUUGAUACUACUGGGAUAAAUGUCAUGCUUAACACAAAGGAUGUUAGUGAAUACCUCAAGAUCUCACCUGAUGGACUGGAGGCACGAUGCGAUGCUUACUCAUUUGAGAGUGUUCGCUGUACAUUCCAAGUUGAUGAAGGUGUCUGGUAUUAUGAGACACAGGUAAUCACACCUGGUGUGAUGCAGAUAGGAUGGGCUACCAAAGAUUCUACAUUCCUUAACCAUGAAGGUUACGGAAUUGGAGACGAUGCUUUUUCUGUCGCAUAUGAUGGAUGUCGACGACUUAUAUGGCAUGAUGCCCACAAUCGAGCUCAAGGCCAGUCAGCUUGGAAAGCAGGUGACAUCUUGGGGUGCCUUCUUGAUUUGACUGUGCCCGAGGCCAUCUUCUACCUCAAUGGGGAGGCCCUCGCACCCUGUACUGAUGUGUUUGGCAUUGCAAGGUCAGGAUUUUUUGCAGCAGCAAGUUUCAUGUCAUUCCAGCAAUGCCGUUUCAAUUUUGGUGCAACUCCAUACCGCUUCCCACCAAAGGAUCGCAACUUUCAGAGCUUUAACACGCAUGCCACUCUUGAUCCUGCAGACAAGGUUGUCCUGCCCAGGCAUGUACGUUUGGAAGAGCUUAGAAAGCUGUCAGUGAGAGAGGACUCGUGCUCCCUCUGCUUUGACAGACGUGCCUCUGUGCGCUUGGAGCCUUGUGGACAUCAGGGCUUCUGCUCCAGCUGUUGUACGCAGUUGUCAGAGUGCCCCAUGUGCAGGGCACCGAUUGCUUCCACUGUUCCAGAUAACCCUUCGUGAUACUGUGCCAUAUAGAAUUAGCCAAGACUGUCAAGAUUAUGGCAACAUCUUCCAUUCAAGGAAGAACAGCAUUAAGUCUGAGUGAUGUCGUGUGUUGUGACAAUAUGGCUGAAGCCUGCAGUUUUCAGUACAGAUGUCCUACUUAAUUUUGCAUUAUGCAUACUGGUCAAUUUUUGUGAGGAGGACUACUACUAUAUUUAUUUGAUAUGUAUAGUUGUUACAGUGAAAGUGAUUUUGUAUUGUUUAAUUAUUAAAAGAGUUCUUAUAACAUGUGCCUGUCUCAUAUGUUCAUUGUCUGUGAUAUUAAAGUGAAAACCGAGAUAAUUUAAAUAUGAAUUUUAAAGUAUUAAGUCCUAAAAAUAUUUCCUGAUAUUUUAUUAAUAAGGCUGAAUGGAUCUAUGUCAAAGACAUAAUAUACCGUGUGGCAUAUUAUUGAAUAUCCUAUGCUGCUUGAAGUUAUUUUUUGCCUAGGUGGAGAUACUCGUUUCUCUGAUAGAGCAUGUGGGUAGAUGGAACCAUAGAGUGUGUCUCAUCUUCUGUUUCUUCUACCUUCAGGGGUGUGAAAUGAUUUAAGAUAUGCAUUACCAGGAGAGAUACGACUUCAAGAAACUUGUUCUGUAAAGUGUGUUAAAAAUAAACUGUCACUGUACUACAAAAUGCUAUUUGUGCUUCCAGUAACCAAAUUUAACCUAGUAAAUUAGAAGGAAAGUUGAUAUUGAGAAAUAGCUUCUGCUGUCUUUUAUGGAUGUCUUCAUAUUUGCUCGAUUGCAUUGCUACAUGAAGAAAAAGACACCAAUGCUACUCGGGAUGCUGCUUUACAAUGGAACACUGCUCACUGCAAUGUGGCUAAUAUAAAUUUCCAAACUUUCAAUAUAGACAAUGAUAAAAGUUACAGAAGGUGCAGCUACUGAAGUGUUUUCAUUUCCGUUGAAACUGGAAAGAAUACUCAGUUUCUUGCUUUAUGUUAGGCUGUAACUUGUUGAAUAUUUUUUGCAUCUGAGUAACAAAACUUGAUUCUAAGACCUAGAUAUGGAUGCAGAAUGUACAUGGAGAUUAUUUUUUGUGUCUUGUAUUGCAAUAUUGCAAAUCACAGUUCAGUUGAAACAUUUUAAAAAUCUUAAACAUGGCUGUGAAACAGCAAUAGUGUAAUUCAGAAUAGAUUGAAAAAUCAGCUAACCAGUUGCAAAUAAAUGUUUACUACCUCUUGA